AAAAUGUCAGUGUAGCUCUGAGUUCCUAAACAGAACACACAGACACACACACACACACACACACACACACACACACACACACACACACACACACACAAACACACUUUUCAUCGGAACUGCCAAUCAGACAGAGGGGAGGCUUCAGCGAAUGUUAAAUAUAAAUAUUUUUGGCCUGAAAGUGAACACAUCCACUGCACAACUUUGAAGAGGAACAAAGUAUUUUGCGCAUAUGAUCACCCUUCAAACAUCCUCUCUGGUUCUGCUCUGAGGACAGAAUGAUGUUUUGUUGGAUAUUAAUAUCGCUACUUGUACAAUUUCUCAAAGCACAAGAAAGCCCCAUAGUAAUUUACGCACAGAUUGGAGGGGCCGUUACCAUACCUAGAGAUUCAUCAAUAACAGCAGAUAACGUUUAUGUGAACUGGUACCGCGGCUCAGAUAAAAGUCCAAUUAUCAGCAGGAACCCUCAGGGUGGGAUCCAAAUGGGGAAAAAUGUUAAAACACAUGCCUCUCUGUCAUCAAAUUACGAUCUCCAAAUCUCACCAGUACAGGAUUUUGAUUUUGAUGUUUGGCGCAAUGAACAACAUGUACUAAUGUCUAUUUAUGUCAAGACCUACAAACUGUACCAUGUCACUAUACCCAAAGUGCCAGCCGUGAUGUUUGGUGAGUCUCUGUCUCUGGAAUGUAAAACUGAGCCUAGUUCAGCGAGGCCCAGAAUAACGUGGAUUCCACCUGAAAACUCAGGUUGUCAUGAAAUCAAGCGUUAUGGAAACACAAUUUCAGUCAAAGAUGUGUCCAGGUGUCAUAGUGGUGUUUGGACAUGCCAGGUGGAGUAUGACGGGAGAGAAACUAAAGCAACAACAACUGUUUUUGUGAUAGACCUCUCCCCUUCUCCUCCAGAUCCGAUUUAUACCUCUCUCUCCUCGUCCUCUACAGUCAACAUUCCAUGUUCCCUGUCAUCUAACAUUCCCUGGUCCGUGUUAAAUGAGACAGGCCUCCAGGGUGGUAGUUGGAGCUUCACUCCUCUCAGCGAUCAAAACCAGCAGACUCUCCUCAGCCUCAGUGUUGGUCCUGUGGUCAGAUGGGAUGUCACACCGGGCACAGACAGCAGGGUCAAGGGAAGAGAGAUAAAAGACACGGAUCUAUCGAUUCAUAAUCUGCCUGUAUCAGAGAAGAUCAGGGGGGAGUACAGCUGUAGCCUGACGUUCAAGAGCAAGACCCUCAGCAGAAAAGUCAAGGUGGAGGUUCUGCAGGACCUUCCCAUCAAUCAAAGCAGCUUCAACACUGACAGAGCGCCGCCAGCAGUAUGCCAAACCAGGCAGGAACCAACCUCUCCAGCCACUACAAGAGAAGAACUGCUGGAACUACAGAGAGACGUCCUACAGCUACAAAAGAUAAAACUGCAAUUAGAGAUCGAAAAACUCAAAAAGGAGAAGGAAAAUCAAGACCUUUAAACUUCAUUCUUAACAACAAACUUCUGCAGCUACAAAGUGAAGGGAAAAUAACAGUCACAUAAAUUGACUAAAACUAUGUUUUAUGACAGACCUGACAAGUUUUGUAUUAAGUAAUUUUAAGAACAAAUAUAUUAACAAAACACCAAUAAUAAAUAUAAAGCUAAUACAUUCAUAUAUAAUAUUAAUACUACUAAUAAAUAGCACUGCUAAUAAAUAACAUUACUUUUAAUUGCAACUACUAGCCUACAUUUUGUCAUUAACAUUACUAGGCUACUACUACCAAUACAUUUUAUUAUUAAUAUUGCUACUACUAAUAAAUUUUAUUUUCAGUAUUAUACUGCUACAAUACUUGGAUAUAUUACUCAUUAAAGAAUGCAUCCACGAUGGCAUCUCUGACAGCAAAUCCAGCCUCGAAUCUUGUUGCAGAAGAUUCGUGAGCCUCAUCUUCUUCAUGACCCUCUUCUUCAAGCUCAUCCUCCUCUUCGUAGGCAGAAAACGUCUUCAAAAUGUUAAAAAGAACAACACAUGGGACAAUAAUUUUGCAAGCCCUUGGAGGCUCAACGUGCAGUUCACUGUGGAGUGAAAUCUGCGUUUAAGCUGUCCAAUCGUCCUCUCAACUGUAGACCUUGUGUGUGUCAAUCCAUUGUUUUAUGUUUCCAACAGAACCAUAUCAGUUAUUGGCGACCGAUGUUAGAGAUCAGUCAAUAUUGAAAUAUGUUGGAAUUGGACAUUUAAUUGUGUAUGCUCAUUUCCCCUAUUUUUACAUUUAAACUGCUGUCAUCUAACACUCUCUACAAUUCAAUAAAAUAUAAUUUUUCAUACUGUA